AUGUCAGCUGCACCAACAGAUGCUAAAAGUGUUAAGUUAGUCGUCGUAGGAGAUGGGGCUGUUGGAAAAACAUGUUUAUUAAUUUGUUAUACAACUAAUGAAUUUCCAAAAGAUUAUGUACCAACUGUAUUUGAUAAUUAUAUGGCACCAAUGACUGUUGAUGGAGAACCUAUUAAUCUUGGAUUAUGGGAUACUGCAGGACAAGAAGAUUAUGAACAAUUAAGACCAUUAUCAUAUCCGAAUACUGACCUUUUCUUAUUGUGCUUUUCUGUUAUAUCAAGAACAUCAUUUAAUAAUAUUUCAUCUAAAUGGUUACCAGAAAUUAAACAUUAUGAACCUAAAUGUAAAAUGAUGGUCGUUGGAACAAAGACUGAUUGUCGUAAUGAUGAGGCUAUGGUCAGAAAAUUAGCUGAUGAAAACCAAAAACCAAUUACAACUGAAGAAGGUGAAAAACUUGCAAAAGAUAUUAAAGCUAUUUGUUAUAUGGAAUGUUCAGCUUUAACUCGUUCUGGACUCAAUCAAGUAUUUGAUGAAGCAAUUCAUAUUGUUUUGAAUAAAAAUCAAUCAUCAAAGAAGAGCUCAAAGAAAUGUGCUUUAUUGUGA